ACAUUCCUUCUAACCUACCUUCUUCACCGAUGACCACUCUUUCCUUCCCUUCUUAUUUCUCUAAUCUCACACUCCAACCCGACUCCGACUCCGACCCCGACUCACUAUCCCAACCCCAAUCCGAUAACACCACAACGGAAACGUAUCCGACUCCGGGUUCGGGUAUGACCCGGGACACGGCUCUCCACCACGUGUCCUUCAACCAAGACCACACCUGCUUCACGGUAGGCACCACCCAAGGCUUCCGGGUCUACGACUGCGACCCGGUCCGAGAGAUGUUCCGGAGAGACAUCGACGACACACGCGGCGGCAUGGGGUUCGUCGAGAUGCUCUUCCGCUCCCAAGUACUCGCGAUCGUCCCCCGUGGACCCCACGCGCCGCCCACGAAGGUGCUGAUGUGGGACGACCACUCUUCCCGGUGCUUUGGCGAGCUCUCGUUCAGGUCUGACGUCAAGUCGGUCCGGCUCCGACGGGACCGAAUCGUCGUCGUUUUGGUGCACAAGGUCUUCGUCUACGACUACGUGUGCUUCAAGUUACUGCACCAGAUAGAGACAGCUCCGAACCCUAGUGGACUCUGCGAGGUCUCGCAAGGCGUGGGUCCGAAUAUGGUGCUGGUUUGCCCCGGGUUGCAAACGGGGCAGGUUCGGGUCGAUCAUUAUGUGGCGAAACGGACUAGGUUUAUUCACGCGCAUGAUUCGAAGCUGGCUUGCUUGGGUCUCACGCAAGAUGGAAGGUUUUUGGCUACGGCUAGUAGUAGAGGGACCUUGGUUAGGGUUUUCAAUGCUUUUGAUGGCUCAUUGAUACAAGAGGUGAGGAGAGGUGCAGAACAAGCAGAGAUACAUAGCAUUGCCUUUUCAUCGACUGCCCAGUGGCUAGCUGUCUCAAGUGACAAGGGAACUGUUCAUGUAUUCGGUCUUAAGAUUGAUUCAGGAGCAUUGGGGACUGAUCGAUCACGUGGUGCAUCUGAACCCAGUGUUUCUAAACUAUCAGCCAUUUCAUCUUUGUCCUUCUUCAAAGGUGUGCUGCCAAGAUAUUUCAGCUCAGAGUGGUCAAUGGCUCAGUUUCGCUUGCAGGAAGGGUUACGGUACAUUGUUGCCUUUGGCCACCAAAAGAACACAGUUAUGAUUCUUGGCAUGGAUGGAAGUUUCUACCGAUGCAAAUUUGACCCAGUACAUGGUGGAGAGAUGACUCAACUUGAAUAUUACAAUUUUCUGAAGCCGGAAGAGAGUACAUAAAUCAAGGUGGACAUAUAGUUUUCUAUUUUGGGUGGUCAUUGCUGGUUUUUUUUUUUAUAGGCAAGAAAAAACUUAUUAAAAAAAAAAAAGGACUUCAUGUAUAAAGGAAUUGGUGCUCAUUGCUGUUAAUAAUUUUUCAUAUAUAUAUAUGUUUAGGGUAGAGCACUGAAUAGUGAAAAUGUUGUAAAUACACGAGAAAAUGAAGAAAGCUUAGGUCUUUUAACUGGGAAUUUAUGUGCAUUGAUGGAAACGUGAAAACUUUGUAAAUAUAUGUUCAACUGUAUAUUUUUAUGGAUUGAUGGAAACGACAAUAAACUCUCUGCAAUGGAAUAUAGAAUAUAACUAACCAGUGAUGUUUUUGUACUUA